UUUUUGUAUUGGGGUUGUUGGAAUUAUCAGUUGCUUUGUUCUCUGCACCGUCAAAUGUGUUUGUAUUUUUCUCCCACAAGGUUUUCGAAACGCUUAUUCUUUUUCACGUUUUUUUUUUUCCACUCUGGCUGGCAGCAAUGUUUUUCUGCUGCAAACAGGAAUAUACAAAUGAAGACAAUCGUCUUUACCUCACAAAGAGAACAUGCCCCGUCCCAGUUUUGACAUGGUGGAUGACCAUUGUAACACAGAACGCAACUUUGACAUAAAAGCACGUGUACAUCUGUGCAUGAUUGCUUCCCUCGGGUGGUGAUUCAAAGGCAAAUACGUUAACCUGCUGGAUUCUCGCUCUGUGAUGGGAGACCUUGGAUGGGUGGCAUACCCGAAAAAUGGGUGGGAAGAAAUCGGGGAAGUAGAUGAAGACUAUGCCCCCAUCCACACCUACCAAGUGUGUCGGGUUAUGGAGCAGAACCAGAACAACUGGCUUCACACCAACUGGAUACUGACUGAAGGAGCUCAGCGGGUCUACAUAGAACUCAAGUUCACCCUGAGAGACUGCAACAGCCUCCCCGGUGGCGUCGGAACUUGCAAGGAGACGUUUAACAUGUAUUACUACGAAACGGAUGGCAGCGAACUGGAGGAUAGAGAUAUGGCGGAUGGGGAGGGGAUAACGGAGGAGGAAGACAGGGCAUUGAAGGAGAGCCAGUACAUCAAAAUUGACACCAUAGCAGCUGAUGAGAGCUUUACUGAGCUUGACCUCGGGGAUAGGGUUAUGAAGCUCAACACUGAAGUCCGCGAUUUAGGCCCUUUGACUCGGAAGGGCUUCUUCUUGGCCUUUCAGGAUUUGGGAGCCUGCAUCGCUCUCGUUUCUGUCCGAGUUUUCUACAAACGCUGCCCAUUCCUUGUGAAGAGCCUGGCCGAGUUCUCUGAUACCAUUCCCGCAUCAGAGGCCUCGCAGCUGGUGGAGGUUGUGGGUCGCUGCAUCAACAACUCUCUGCCUUUAUACGAGCCUCCCAGGAUGCACUGCAGCACUGAGGGAGAAUGGCUGGUUCCCAUUGGGAAGUGCGUGUGCCAGCCAGGAUUUGAAGAAAUCCUUGGAUCCUGUCAAGCCUGCAAAGUGGGGUUUUACCGCUCGCUGCUGGAGUCUCUUCUCUGCAGUAAAUGUCCGCCCCACAGUGUGGCCCGGCACACAGGAGCAACUUUAUGCAGCUGUGAAGAAGGAUAUUACAAGAUUGACUCAGAUCCUCCCAAUAUGGCCUGCACACGCCCACCGUCUGCUCCACGCAAUGCCAUCUCCAAUGUCAAUGAGACCAGCGUCUUCCUAGAGUGGUCUGUUCCCAUGGAGUCCGGCGGCAGGAAGGAUAUCCGUUAUAACGUCCUAUGCAGACAAGUCUUGCCGGACGGGAAGGUCUUGGAGGAGUGCGGUCCCACCGUUCGCUUUCUGCCACGUCAGGUGGGCUUGGCCAACACCUCAGUGAUGGUGGCCGACCUGCAGUCGCACACAAACUACAGUUUCCUGCUGGAAGCUGUCAAUGGUGUGUCAGAGCUGGCUAAAGAUCGCGCAAAGCAGUAUGUGUCACUCAAUGUGACCACCAAUCAGGCUGCUCCUUCGCCGGUGAGUGUGGUAAGAAAAGGUCACGCCGGAAAAAGCAGUAUCGCACUUUCCUGGGCAGAACCGGACCGACCAAAUGGCAUCAUCCUGGAAUAUGAGAUCAAGUAUUUUGAGAAGGAACAGGACUCCAGCUACACUAUAAUAAAAUCCAGGGAGACGGAGAUGGUGGUGGAAAGUCUAAAACCCUCUUCAGUGUACAUCUUCCAGGUGCGAGCCAGGACCUCCGCAGGCUACGGCACUUUUAGCCGCCGUUUUGAAUUCCAGACGAGCCCUUACUUAACAGCUACCAGUGAACGUGCUCAAGCUUCCAUUGUAGCGGUGGCCAUCACUUUGGCGCUGGUCCUUCUGGCAGUGGUGGCUGGAUUUCUGCUCAGUGGAAGGAGGUGCGGUUACAGCAAGGCAAAGCAAGAUCCUGAGGAGGAGAAAAUGCACUUCCAUAAUGGUCACAUAAAGUUUCCUGGAGUGCGUACCUACGUUGACCCCCUCACCUACGAAGACCCCAACCAGGCUGUGCAUGAAUUUGCCCAAGAGAUUGAGGUGUCCUUCAUCUCCAUUGAAAGAAUCAUUGGAGCUGGGGAGUUUGGUGAGGUGUGCAGCGGACCACUACGGUUGCCGGGGAAAAGGGAGAUGCAGGUCGCCAUCAAGACGUUGAAAGCUGGAUACACUGAGCAUCAGAGACGGGACUUUCUGUGGGAGGCGUCAAUCAUGGGACAGUUUAACCAUCCUAACAUCAUUCGCCUGGAGGGCGUGGUUACCAAGAGCAAACCUGUGAUGAUCAUCACUGAAUACAUGGAGAAUGGAUCGCUGGACACAUUUCUCAAGAAAAAUGAUGGCCAGUUCACUGUUAUCCAGCUGGUUGGUAUGCUGCGUGGAAUUGCAUCUGGCAUGAGGUACUUGUCUGACAUGGGCUACGUCCACCGCGAUCUGGCAGCUCGCAACAUUCUGGUCAAUGGUAACCUCGUGUGCAAAGUGUCUGAUUUUGGCCUGUCCCGAGUUCUGGAGGACGACCCUGAGGCUGCUUACACCACGCGGGGUGGAAAGAUUCCGAUUCGCUGGACAGCACCUGAAGCAAUCGCAUACAGGAAGUUCACCUCGGCCAGCGACGUGUGGAGUUACGGCAUAGUCAUGUGGGAAGUGAUGUCAUAUGGAGAGCGGCCCUACUGGGAGAUGUCCAAUCAAGACGUCAUCAAGGCAGUAGAAGAGAGCUAUAGGUUACCGGGUCCAAUGGAUUGCCCCGAGGCACUGUACCACCUCAUGAUGGACUGCUGGCAGCGAGAACGCAGCAAUCGACCCAAGUUUGACGAGAUUGUAUGUUUACUGGACAAACUCAUUCGCAACCCCUGCUCGCUGAAAAAUCUGGUCAACUCCUCGCAUAGGGUGUCCAACCUGCUAGUGGAGCAUGCCAGUGUAGACCUGGACUGUAACAUCUGGAGUAGAACAGUCAGCGAGUGGCUGGAUUCUAUCAAAAUGGGCCGGUACACGGAACUCUUCAUGGAAGGAGGCUACUCGUCACUGGACACCAUCGCUCAGAUGACGUCAGAGGACUUGAGGAGAGUUGGGGUGAACCUUGCUGGACAUCAGAAGAAAAUCAUCACUAGCAUUCAGGAGAUGAGAGUCCUUAUGAACAACUCCACUACCAGUGUCAACAUCUGAUGUCGACUGUAUGUGGAGACGCACAAUAUAUGUGGACCUAGAGCGGCUUAGCACUUUCUAAUGAUAAAGAACACUUUUUAUGGAUCAGUGAGUGGAUUUUUUUUUUUUUUUUUUUUUUUUUUUUUUUGGUGUCACAAUCCAAGCUGAAGGGAACUGAGUAAUUUUUUACAAAGGGAACACAGCGGGGUGACCAACAUUUAGUUCAAGUGAAGACUUUCCAUCUCGACCCAUUUCAGUGAAUCUUGGGGAUUCCUAACAUCCCACCAUUGCUUGGACUCUCGCAGUCAAACAUGAACAUGGAUUUUGAGAGCAACCAGCACUUUUCAGCUCUUUCACAAUUUUGUCUGUUUCCACUUUCAGCCUGUCUCAGGUUAUCUGAGUCCAGUGGAUCAGUAUACUUUGCUUAUUGUCUUCUGGAAACUCUUCUGCAAAGCGCACCGUUCUCCGGUGGGGUAUUAAUGCACCAACAGUUGCACAACAUGUGGAUGUGCUACUGUUUUUGUUUGGUGAUCAUAAUCAGGCUGUCAGUCAUUUAACAUCCCAAGUUAUGUUGAACCACAUUUCCAUCGUGAUCCAAAAAAGGAAUGGCAAGCACGUUUAAUGACCGAAGCCUGAAACAUUAUGACCCCACUUUUCUAGGUGUUUCUGUUUUGGAAUGAAUGUAAAGCUCUUCAGAUGCACAAAUGAACGGCUGCAUUAUGUUCUGAUAAUUAUGUGGAGCUUUAACGUGGGUAAAACCGCUCCGACACUCUUCUACGUUUGCUCGCAGACUGCAUGAAAAGCGCCGCUCGCUUAAUGUUGUCUUUUCUCAGAGGCAAAAAAAAAAAAAAA